AUGGCCACCGCCAUCCGCAACGCCAGCCCGAUCCACUUCGGCCCCUUCCCCGUGACCACGCAGGUCUUCCACCUGACGCGCUACUCCUACGCCCUCGUCAACCUCAAGCCCAUCCUGCCGGGCCACGUGCUCGUCUCGCCGCGCCGCGGCGUGCCCCGCGUCGCCGACCUCACCCCGCCCGAAGCCUCCGACCUGUUCCUGACCGUCCGCCGCGUCGCCCGCAUGGUCGAGCGCGUGUACGGCGCCUCCAGCCUCAACAUCGCCAUCCAGGAUGGCGUGGACGCCGGCCAGAGCGUGCCGCACGUGCAUGCGCAUGUGAUCCCGAGGAAGAAGCUGGAUCUGGAGGCGCGGGGCGGCGUGGAUGCGGUUUAUGAGUUGUUGGAGGGGGAGGAGGGCGAUUUGGGGAGGAUCUUGAGGAAGUUUCCCAAGGUGGAUGAUGAGGAUAGACAUCCUAGGAGUUUGGAGGAGAUGGAGCAAGAGGCGAGGUUUUUGAUGAGGGAGAUGGAGAUGGAGAAGGAGGGGGAUGAGUGA